AUGGCGAAGGAGCUGUUCACGUACAACAAAAAGCUGGAAUGCGUCAAUGCCCUCGUUGCGCAUGUCAAGCUGAUCAAGCUCCACAAAGCAAGUGCCAGCGACGCUAGCCCCCAUCAUCCCCAGAAACAUUCCCCGCGCGAGGUGCCAUCCUUUUCCCUUGAGUCCCCGACGCCCCAAGCCCCAGAAAAGCAUUUUACUUCCUUAGCGGUUGAAUUGCCGUCGAUGCCGACCAUGCCCCCAUUAACAUCAUGGCUCGACGAGCGCAGCGACGACGAAUGA